AUGAGCAGUUUAGAGUACUUAGCAUAUCCGGUGAUUAUUGCUAAUCACAGGCAGAGUACUAACAUGAGGAAAAAACUGGACAUUGGUGACUACCUCUCUCACAAGAACAAACUAGAACUCGCAAGACCUCGUGUUGAUAAUAAACCCCCACGUGCACAAACUCACCAUCACUUUAAAAUGAGCAAGAUUCAGGAGGACCAGAAGAGAAUUGGUAGAAUCGAAAGAGAAAACAAGCAGCUGGCAGAGAGGUUAGCUACCAUUCAGCGUGGGACAGGGAUGGUGGAUUGCUGGAAUGAAUACUUUCAGAGGAGCUCAAAUAGGGAGAAGCAGAACAGAGAUAUGGUGAGAAUCACUGUUGAAAACCAGGGGAUUCUGAAGCGACUUGGUGAUCCUAAACCUACAUAUGAUCGUAGGAAGUCUGAGAUUGAUUGGCAGAAUUCACGGCACUAUAUCCGGAAUACCACGCGGUAUCUCAUUGCUUCUCAGGAUAGCUAGGAGAAUACACCAGGCAUGGAUAAUACAGCAGAGACUCAGCACAUCCUGAAAGUCUGAUGGCUUGUUAGGGAUACAUAUCACAACUGGCUGAUGUUUUCUUAGGAUUGUAAAAUAAAAUGGAGCAUUGAAUGAAUGCAGUUUUCCUAUAAAAGUGCAACUCCCCACUCCAGCCCCAAAAUCUUCACCACAUAUAUGUCUACUUUUGCCAUAAUUUAUUUUGAAUUUACAAACAAAACUGCACCUAAAAAACUCACAUCACAAUUCUCCCAAAUUAAUAAAAAAGCGAUCGUGUUUAACUACAGGGUUUGAUGCCUGCACAGGAUAGAAAUGGAGGCAAAUAUCAUUUAUUAGAUGAAUCAGAUUGUAAAUGACAUUUUAGCGCUGUGUUUGAUACCAAUUUAGACCAUAAGACAUUUUCAGUUAUUGUAAUUUUAAAUAUUUUAUAAAAUCUGCACAUUUCCGUUUGUCUUGGUUCUUUUAGCAACUAUUUCCUCUAUUGGGAUCUACUGGACUAUAAAGCAAACUGAACCUAUGUUGUACUUUUACUGCUACUAUUUUGCAAGUGGUUUGAUAGUAAUUCCUGCACUGAGUAGAUUUCUGUUGAUAUUAUUUUACAGAACAGAGAAUGAUGUUUCAUCUAACCUACAUCCUUGUUCAUGGUGACACAUGGUAUAUAUUUUAUCAUGUCUAGCUGGAUGUAUUAAAGCUGUUAGUAAUCUGCAAUAAA